AUGCCGACUCGAUCGUCGGUCGCUGCAGCCAGAGUCGCGAGCAUAGGAACCGGCGCGUCGCCCGGCGUUAGCCCUAGGACUUCGAACCCCACCUCCUCAUCGUCGUCGUCGAGUCCGAGUCGUCACUUGCAGUCUCCGACCAAACGCUCCCUGACGCAUGUAUCAUCACCACCUUGCUCGUCUCGCAUGCUACCCGACCAUCAUGACCCCACCGGGGGCAACAACGACAGGGAUACUCGAGUCCUGCGCCAGAAGCUCUCGACAACCUCAGUUCAGGACCCUGACGACCACGACGAUGGCCGCGAUGGCGAGUUCGGCCACGCCCGCCGCGUUCAGACGAGGCCUCCCUCCCUCUCGCCGAAUCUUUCCCGCAUCAACCUCACCAAGAGAUCGACCGAGACGAACGGGGGUGAGCCAUCGGAUAUUGCGGUCGAAACCAGCUCCACGCCCAUUAUUGAUCAAGAUGUGGCCCACUGGCCCCAAUCGACCGCGCGAGCUCGACUAACUGCCUCUCCAGGAGCUUCCGCCCCGAGCGCCGAGGAACAGCAAACUCACUUUAAUCGCAUGCCACACGACCUUAAUCAGGCCCUGUCUCGUCUAUCAAGUCAGCACGUGUUAGUACUUAGAUCCGGGUUGGGGUAUCGAUUUCUGUACUCACCUCCCUACCUUGGCGCGGCCCGAUCAGGCUGAGCGAGUACAAUGUACUCAAACGACUGGUGGCCGCCACCUCGGCUCCUUCCGCAAAUCCGCCUCCCUUGCCCCACUGCCAUCAGGCUUCGAGGUCGACACAAUCAGCCACGCUUACACGCUCCUUCUCGUCGCCGUCUUCAUCCUCGAUCGCCUCGAUGCCUCCGACAUUGUACGCCCGUCCGUCGUCGAUCGCGGCUCCUGUCGCCACCGCGACCCGAGGCCCGUGGUCGAGGCUCACCACCUCCGCUGCUCCCGCGCGACCUGAGUUGACGAGGGCGGCAACCACAGCGCAUUGGUGUCCAAACCCCAGUCAACGAGACUCGAUGGGCAGUGGACACGCAGCCUCGCUGUCUUCUUGUGAGCAACUCCCAACCACCAGUCCGGGCAAGGCCUCGAGCUCGUUGGCAGUGACCGGUCUCGGGCUUGAAGCGCUGGACAUGGCGCAAACUACUCGUAACGCAGUGUGCAAGAGAGUCGCCCACGAACUUUGCCCCACCCCCACAAUCACCAUUCCACCCGAAUCGAGGGAGUUGCGUCUCGAUGCAUCAAUCGUCGAGCAGGCGACCACGGGGCCGACCCUGCCUUCGAUGCCACCCAGCGUCGGAGACGGUCUCAUGGUGGGGAUGCGGAUGAUCAACGGCGUCGCUGUCAAGACGAGUGUAUCGCAUCCAAUGAAGUGGGUUGCACGGAGUGCGCCGCUGCAGAUCUUGGUAUAUGAAUCCAAGCUGACUUCCUGUUGGCGCAAACCUUGACCCGCAGCAUAUCGGCCUUGAUCCCGCCAGAAGCCAUUCCCUGGCUCGCCACCUCCAUCUUUGGCCAGUCAAUGUCCUCGACAAAAGCUCGUACCCCACUUGCGCCGUCAUCGUCGCUUCACACCAACUCGAUGCGAGGCGAAGCCGUGACGACGCCUCCGUUCAUCCUCGAGCUGCCUUCGUACGGCGACUUCUGCAAAUGGGUAAUCCAUGGACCUAGCGCUAUCUCGGCCGGCCAGCUAUCUCCUACCGAAAGCAAGAAGAGUGCACUCGGUUUGAUCUCUACCGAUCCGCGCUUGGGCAACUUUCUGCUCAGCAGCUGCCCUGGCAAAAAAGUGCGCAUGGGCGGGAUUGCGCAAGGGUCUGGGGGAAGGAGCGCGAUCUGUCGAGACGUCGUGUUGGAUCUCCAGCGAGCCAAAGAUGAAGGGGUUGGGAUUGUGAUCUGCUGCCUUGACGAUACCGGUGAGUGCGCCUUGCCGCUCUUUAAGCUCCAGCGUCCAUUGGCUCACCCAAAGGCUCCCGCCGACACCUUUCAGAGCUCGCCUUUCUUGGAUCACCUUGGCACGAAUACGCCCAAGCCUGCGACGAGCUCGAUCUAUCCGUCAUCCGCAUUCCCAUGGUCGAAGGCUUUGCACCUUCAUCCGCGGCAUCGCUCGACGCCCAACUAAGCCGCAUCAUCCGCGAACAUACCCUUCGAGGCGAGUCCGUCUUGGCCCACUGCCGAGGAGGUAUAGGCAGGGCCGGCCUCGUCGCGACGUGUUGGAUGCUCAAGAUGGGCUUUAUCAGCGGCGAUAAUGAGCGGUUUGAGGAGUCGGAUCCGAUGAGUAUUGUAGAGAGGGUUAUAGAGGUCAUUCGGAAGCGGCGGAGGUGAGUGAGAGAAGCUUCGAGUUCUUUGCAUCGCUUUGAUCCUGCUUCUGACGGCGUUCCAUCGCUCGCUCGAUCGAUUAGCAUCAAAUCUAUCGAGACACCGAUCCAAGUGGCCUUUUUGCUCAACUACGUCCUCUAUCUGCAAAAGGAAGCUGUUCUCGUUCGCGCUCAAGCACUGUGA